GCCAUGAAGACUUGCACAAGCACGCCCUGCUCUUGCAGCACCUGGCUUCUUCCCCUUUCCUUGAACCUGCGUCUAUCGCGGUCCUCCAUCUUGUUGCUAACAUCUUGACAUGCUCACUCCGCAAACCGGAGCUCUUCAAUAGCUCUCCAAUAGCUCUCCUCCCCCGCCUUGAGCAUCCUGCAUCAAGAGCAUCCUGCAUCAAGAGCAUCCUGCAUCGGUCUGCAUACAGACACGUCAACAAGCGCAGUUCGCGCCGGCCCUUCCGCUGCUCGCAAGUGCGCAUCUCGAGCAAUAAGCUUCUGGUAUCUAAUUCCACAGCCGCGGAAGGUUCACGCCGGCAGGCAACCACAUAGCAGCAGCGCCCCAGGCCCGCAAUCACAAGACAGGCCAACAGCGACCAUGGCCUCUGGUCAGUCGCCCCCAUCCUUCCAGUCCCCCUUUGCCUCGCCCAACGCAAUUCCACCCCGUACUAGCUCGCACGGCAUUGUCAACGGUGGCAAACACCGCCCGAGUGUGCUGCGUCCGCUGUCUGAAGUCGACUGGAUGAGCCAGAGCAAAAAGAGCAAGACGUCCCACCAUUCGAGUUCCUCGUUAGCAGCCACUACAUAUUCCCACGCCCAGCAACAUCAGACCCAGCAAGCACAUGCCGUACACGCAAUGGAUUCAAACCCGCUCCAGCACCCGCAAACGCACCAAUACCCCAUGCCCAUGACGCCGCCGCCGCCAGACCCGCUCCAGGGCAUCGGCGACGAUCUGAUUUACGGGCGACGGACGAUGUGGACCGACGAGAAGGAGCGCAUAUUACUUGGCCCGUACGACUACCUUUACGGCCACCCCGGGAAGGACAUUCGCAGCCAGUUGAUUGCUGCGUUUAAUCUCUGGCUGAGGGUGCCGCCGGAAAAGCUGGAGGUGAUAACCCGAGUGGUGGGGAUGCUGCAUACUGCGUCGUUACUCGUCGACGACGUGGAAGAUUCCUCCAUCCUCCGUCGCGGUAUCCCGGUUGCGAAUUCCAUCUUUGGCGUCGCCCAGACGAUCAAUUCGGCCAAUUACGUCUACUUCAAAGCCCUGCAAGACCUCGCACAUCUCGCAAACCCGAAGCUAAUUGAGAUAUUCACAGAGGAGCUGCUGAAUCUGCACCGAGGCCAAGGAAUGGAUCUUUACUGGAGAGACAGCUUGACAUGUCCAAGCGAGGCUGAUUAUCUGGAAAUGGUGGGGAACAAAACGGGCGGCUUGUUUAGAUUGGCGAUCAAGCUUAUGCAGGCUGAGAGUGCGGUGAAUAUUGACUGCGCCCCGCUCGUCUCAACAAUAGGCCUCCUCUUCCAGAUCCUAGACGACCACCUCAACCUCUCCCCCACAUCAGGGUACUCCUCCCUCAAAGGCCUCUGCGAAGACCUCACGGAAGGUAAAUUUUCGUUCCCCGUCAUCCACGCCAUCCGCGCCGACCCGUCAAAUCUCGUCCUCAUCAACAUCCUAAAGCAGAAAACUACUGACCAGGAGGUGAAGAGAUAUGCGGUGAAAUAUUUGGAGGAGAAGGGCAGCUUUGAGUACAGUGGGAAGGUUAUUGGGGAGUUGAGGACGAAGAGUGAGGAGUUAUUGGCGGAGAUUGAGGUAGUGUUAGGGGAGGAGGGGACAGAGGGGGCAAAGGCGUUGAGGGCGGUUUUUGGGAGGCUGACACUGAGAUAGGGGAGCGGAUGCGAUGUGAAAUAUGAAUCUGGUGUUGGGGUUGGGGUUGGGGGUUAUGAGAGAUGGAUAUAUACGGCUGUGUUCAUGACUCUUUAAUCGGUAAUAUCUUGCAUGGUAGACGACAUGAUGUGUUAUGGCAUUAACAUGGAUGGUUGGCCUUCUUCACUUGCUUGCUGGCAUAUGUACACGUCUGCUUUAUUCACGAGGUCUGCAUUAUAUAAUGCAGAUGUACCCUAGAAAAACCAAGAUGUGAAUAGACUCACACGAAGUGAUUCAUCCAUCUGAGUGUGGCGCUAAGAAACGGGCAAAAGAAAUUAGGUGAUAGCGGGGCUCGCAUUUAUGCGAGAGUGAAG